UUUCCACAAGCACCCGAAACUGGCACCAGCCCUUCUGCCGGGUGCCGCCCUCCUCCCCCGGCCGGGACCCAGCGGCGCUGGAGACAAACCGGAGCGCGGAGCUCAGAGCCGGAGCCCGAAACACCAAGCACUAUAAUUAAGGUUUCAUAGUGGCUUCCAUUGGGAGGGAGAGAAGAAGUGGGGAGAGGACCAUUUAUGAAGGAGCAAACUGCAAGUUCCUUAUUUUGGGGCCAGGUUAAGAAGCUGAUUUGAUUACGAAGAGAGUUUGACUCGGUUUGCCUAAUUCUUUCAACAGAAGAUGUUAAGUAAAAGUGAAUCCCAUACUCCAUGGCAGGAAUCAGUGAUUAGCUCGACCUGGCUGACUAACAUAUUAGAAGAAUGGACUGGUGUGGAGUACCACUGUUUAUACUAUAUCAGCUUCAUCUUGUUGGUGUUAAACAUAAUAAUCUUUGCACCUCUUUUAAUUUUCAUGAGCAGUUGUUGGUUUUUAAAUCUUCUCCUGCACAUUUACAAGAGAAAGAAUGGAUUAGAUGAGGAUUUCUCCAAUAAGUCAUGGGACAACGUGAAGUUCAUGCUGACAUCAAUACUUAGUAUGCAUGGAAAACUGUGGCACGGUUAUGAGCUUCAUGGUAUGGAAAAAAUUCCGGAAGGACCAGGGCUUAUAGUUUAUUACCAUGGAGCCAUUAAUAUAGACUACUCCUACUUCGUCUGUAAUCUUUAUAUACAGACGGGAAGAUUCUGUUACUCAGUAGUUGAUCACUUCUUUUCUAAGUUACCAGGAAUAGCACUGCUUUUUAGCCUGUUUCCUGCAGUGCAUAGUGGAAGAGACAAAAGUGUUGAAAUUCUGAAGAAAGGCAACUUAUUGGGUGUCUCACCAGGUGGAACUCGAGAAGCAUUCUUUAGUGAUGAAAACUACAACCUCUUGUGGGGUAAUCGCAAAGGCUUUGCUCAAGUGGCCAUAGAUGCAAAAGUGCCCAUCAUCCCUUUGUUUACACAGAAUAUUCGGGAAGGAUAUAGGACAUUUGGAAAAAUAGGGUUUUUUAGGUGGUUCUAUGAAAAGUCUCGAUUGCUACUCAUUCCUAUGUAUGGAGGGUUCCCAGUCAAACUUCGCACCUAUGUUGGAGAUCCCAUUCCAUAUGAUCCAAAUAUAACAGCUACGGAACUAGUUGAAAAGACAAAGAUUGCCAUUGAAAAACUAAGAGACAGACACCAAAAACUACCAGGAAGUAUACUAAGAGCUCUGUUGGAACGAUUUGAUAAACAUCAGAAAGAAGACUAGUGUAUUUAAAUAUUGUUAAAUA